AUGAGAGAGCCGAGCACAACCUCAAUAUCUACUCCCAAGUCAGGAAAGAAGCUAGAUGCAUCUCUCAAGAUUCCGGAUGGUCUACCAUCUGAGAAGCGGGUACAAGACAGAACCUCCAAACGCACAAGAGCCCUAGGAGUCCUGAAAUGGUUCGUGCGAGAUCAGUGGUUUCUUCUAGCGAUGGCUGCAGUCGUCCUUGUUUCGUCUCAAGUCCAGAUUCCGGCAUCACAACAACGGAUCAAACGGACGGUGGUCACAUACCUCACAGUCUCGGUUAUCUUCUUCAUCAACGGCUGCACACUCGAGACCAGCCUCCUGGUGGCGAAUUACAUGCGAUGGAAGUUACAUGCCUUCGUCCAGUUGCAAUGCUACCUCGUCUGCUCAGCCGCCACCUUCGCCAUCGUCAGUCUAUGUGCGACCAAUCCUAACUUCAUGGACCCAUGGCUCCUCAUUGGCUUCCUCUUUAUUGGCGCCGCACCCACCACCAUGUCUUCGAAUGUUGUCAUGACAAGACAAGCUCAUGGCAACGCUGCGCUCACUGUUGUCCAAUCUGUCAUCGGCCAGUUCCUCUGCCCUUUCCUGACACCAAUAAUACUGCAGAUGUACUUGUCCACCGGGGCAUGGUAUAGCAAAGUGCUUGUGGAUGGCAAAAACUACCAGGAGAUCUACCGGCGCGUAUUCAUGCAACUGGGGCUGUCACUUUUCGUCCCCAUGCUCAUGGGCCAGAUAGUGCAGUGGUUUUUUCCGAAGCAGACUAAGAAGAUCUUCUUUGAGUGGAAGCUGAUCAAACUGUCAUCCAUCGCACUGCUCACCCUAGUGUGGCAGACUUUCGACCAAGCCUUCCACUCCCGUGCAUUCAAACAGGUCAAACCAUCCAACAUCGUCUUUGUCGUCUUCAUCUCGAUCGCAUUGUACUUCAUCUGGUUGGUCAUAUGUUUUGUAGCCUCGGGUUUAUGGCUUCCAAAAAAGGAUGUUAUCGCAUGUUGCUACUUGUGCCCAAACAAAGCACUCGCCAUGGUCGUCGCUGUCAGUUCGGUCAUGUACAUAAACAUCAGUCCAAUCGAGCAAUCGAAGAUGCAAAUACCGGCCAUCAUAUUUCAGGCAUUCCAGGUUGCUAUCGGCGGAGUCAUGACAAUUGCCUUCCGUAGAUGGAUCAGGCCUGAAGAGCAAAAAGAGAAAGCUGAAAUGAACGUGGAAGCAGGAGAUCAAAAGUAA